UGGCCCUAGUUGUUAAGUGAAUCACUUUAGUUGUUAAGUUAGCAACACAGUUGUUAAUUGAAUCUGGUUUUCCCAUUGACUUUGCUUCCCAGAAGGUUGCAAAAAGUGAUCACUUUUUUCAAUGCUCUUGUAACUUUGAACGGUCACUAAAUGAACUGUUGUAAAGUCGAGGACUACCUGUACUAUGUAUCCUUAGCUCUUUUAUCCUAACAUUAAAAGGCAGUUACUUAAUCAUAAAUACAGUAGUCAUCACAUAUUUUAAGAAUAUGAAUAAUUAACCAUUUGGGGGAGAAGAAAAAAAAAUCCCCCAAAACCCAAAUAUUUGAGAUUGUUGUCAUUCUGAGUUUACCCAGUCCAAGAUUUAUUUUUUUUGUGCAGGUCUUGUUCUAUGUCUUCACUUCCUGAGACAAGUAUUUACACAUGUUUUCCUUUUUUGGUUAGCAGGAUACUUUCAUCUCCAUUUGCUGGUAUUGCUCAGCUUUUAUCCACAUAACCAAGAAUGGAAAAAUGUGCCUGUUAUUCCAAGCUCAGGAAUGACAGAAAGCUUUGCUAAGGGCUUGUCUGAUCUGCAAAAGAGGAAAGUAGCCUCUAUCCGUUCAGCUUUUGCAGAACACAAUCAGAAUUCACACAUUUCAGAACAAUGUGGAGGAGAAAAGGUGGGGACAUUAUAACCCCUCUGCAUACAUGUUGCCUUACUAUUUUUUUAAAGCACAUUUUCCUCUAUUUUCUUUGAAAUGCAAGUUUUAAAAAAUUAUUGGAGCUUCUACAUUAUCAUCCAAAAUCAGUUGAUCCUUAAAUAUAUUCCUCUAUAAGGUAAUCUGCUGGUGUUUGUGUUUUUUCCCCCAUGAUUGUAAAAAACCCCACCAGUAAUAUAUCUUUAAAAAUAUUUUUCUGCAACAUGCCCUGAUGUUAUGAAAAGGGGAAGGGAAUGGCAUCUUCCCAGGGAAGGCAAUGCCUUUUGCAGGCAACUCUCCCAACUGAUCCCUCCUUUCUUGCCCGCAAAAUAUAUAUUUUUUUGAACCCUCCCGGAGCAGCUGCUUUAGGAAGGGGGUGCAGAGAAAAACAGCGAGCCGCUGCAGCGGGAGCAGCUACAGAAGGCUAGCAUCAGGGGAGAGACGAGAAGGAGGGAAUUCCCCGCUUGACAAGGGUCGGGCAUGGGGAGCAACGGUGUGGCAGGCCGUGACCGAAGGAGGAUGUGCCAUCUAAGCGGGGGCUCGGCAGAGACCAACCUGUCAGCAAGAAGGUGCGAGGCGCUUUAAUCACUGGCUAGAGAGAUGCCUGGAUGGAGGCCUGCUUCGGUCGGCGGCCUCGCACCCACCUGAUCCAAGCGCCACAUGGCCGCCAACAGACACCGGUUACACCAACUGUUUCUUUGGAACAUCAUCUGAUUUUACAUCUGGUUUUUUUCCACACCUGUUACUACAAUCCAUUUCUGGAAAAUUAUCUGCUGCCUAUGAGUAUGAGUUAGAUAGAAUCUCUCUUUUAAGUGCAUUCUCAAUUCUAACCAGACUUAGUUAAGUAGCUGUUAUAUAUGUUGGUGUAACUUUCUGAAAUUAGGUACCAUUUAUAUAUGUUGGUGUAACUUUCUGAAAUUCAUAAACAUGAAGUCAGCGUGUUCAGAAGAAAAAUUAGCCAUCCGAAGUGCCUCUCCUCACAGGAAUACUUAUAGAGCUCACUUCCAAGCUCUGAAAAAGAAUUUUGAUGAAGAACAAGAAAUAGUAGGAGCCACUUCUCAGGAAACGAGGGGAAGAAGUUAUGGCUCUAAUGUCAACAGGAUUAAAAAGUUAUUCAUGCAAAUGGGUACAGAGCCUAGUGAGAAUGCUGAGGGAAUGACAAAGGUCAGAGGCAGAAGUAGUCUACUAUCAUCUGAAGGAAGAAACAGACCUAUAGAGAUUGUGGAGAAAACUGAUGGAUCAAUAGUACAGUUAGAAGCUUCUGUUUCAGAAAGGAUUAGUAGAUUUGAUGCUCUGCAUGAUGAGUCUUCCAAAUUUACUGAAACCAGGAAGGGGAUUAAAAGAGAUGAAACACAACCUUUCAAACACUCUUCCCCAAAGAUGGAGAAAAAAGCCUCUGCUGAUGAAAUUGAAUGGUAUUUCUUUAAGUCCAUCAAAGGAACUGCCCAAGAAGUUUCAAUAGACAGUUCUAAUUCAAAAGCAGAGACUGUUUCCUCAACUAUGACUCAACUUUCAAUGUUUAAAAACAUUGAGUCACAAAAAGAUGUAGUUGUUACAAAAAAAGAAAGCAUUGAAGAGUUUACUUUAACUGGCCAUUACCCUCUAAACCUGUCUGCAGUUAAUAAAGAUUUGUCUCCCACAGUUGGAAACCUUGAUAGCUUUAGUCCAUUACAAGAUACCAGUUCUUGGUCUUUAUCAAAAGAAAAUACUAGUUCAGUAUUUCUUGAUAUACUAACCCCUACUUUAGUUAAUGAAAAGUCAGAAAACACUUCCCCUGCUUUAAAAACAAGUGAAAUACAAAUGGAAAGUGCCUCCUACUCUUCUUUUGUCCCCUCUGAAGCACUUGAACAAGAGAUAGUAGUAGAUACCCUUGAACAAGUAGUAGUAGUAGACAAACAGGAUUUGGGUGAGACUAAGAAUAAGGCAGAAACAGAAAUUGAAGCAUCCUCUUUGCAAAAAGAGCUAUGGGAUGUACCUGAAAAGAUAGAAAUUCCAGAAAACCCUUUCAUUAUUGAUGACAACACUUUCCAGGUAGCUUCAUUUACAGUUGAAGAUAGAAGUGAAAGGGAAGUGCAAAAGGAACAAGAUGGUUCUCAGGGCUCUUAUGGAUGUAGGCACACCAAUUACACUGUCCACAAGAUAGAAUCAAGUUUUGCUUCUGAUUGGGGGAAUGCUGGAACUGAAGCGGCUAACCAAGAAGGUAUUGAUGAUAACAGCUGUUACGUUCCUGACAAAGGAUAUAUUGAAGUUAGUGGCUUAUCAGAAGAAGAAGAAAUCCCAGCAACCAGAAAAAUUAAGUUUAGUACAGCUCCAAUUAAGGUUUUCAAGACAUACUCUGAUAAAGAUUACGACCGGAGAAAUGAUACAGUUGAUCCAAUAUCAUCAUCUGCUGAGUAUGAAUUAGAAAAACGUGUGGAAAAGUUGGAUCUUUUCACAGUAGACAUUGAAAAAGAUGAACAAGGAUUUGGAAUCGCUAUUAUUGGAAUGGGAAUCGGAAUAGACACAGGUUAUGAGAAGCUAGGUAUAUUUGUAAAAACUAUUACAGAAAAUGGGCCUGCAAAAAAAGAUGGCAGGAUCCGGUUAAAUGAUCAAAUUAUAGAAGUAGAUGGUAUCAACAUGGUUGGUGUCUCACAAGAUUUUGCUUCGACAGUUCUCAGACGUAGCAAAGGAAAAGUGAGGUUUAUAAUAGGCAGAGAAAAAGCAGGACAAGUAAGUGAAGUGGGUAAAUUGAUUAAACAGACCAUAGAGUAUGACCAGCGCCAGAGAGGCCAUCAUUAUGCACAUUAUGAAGCUGAUGAGGAUGAUGAGGAUGAAGAGACAGAGGAAUACGCGACUGAUGAAGACGACGAAGAUUUUGGGGCAGUUUAUCCAAGAGACCAAAAAACCAUUCAAUUCUUUGAUUGUCCUGAAAAUGGCCUUUCUCCAAAAGAAAUAGAGACAUUGACCGAGAAAUUUAAAGAGUUGCAAGAACAAUAUACUGUUACAGGAACACAGGUUAAGCAGCUAAAAAGAAAGCUGCAGAUUGCUGAAAAUGAGAAAAUAAGAUGGCAGGUGGAAAGGAAAAUACUUCAGCAAAGCGUCAAGGAAAACAAGGAAAGAAUGGUGAAAAUUGAGGGUUAUUGGCUUGAAGCACAAAGUUUGUGCCAUAGUGUAACUGAACAUCUGAGAGAGUCACAAGAGCAAUAUCAGUCUUUGGAGAAGAAAUACAACAAAGCUAAGAAACUGAUUAAGGAAUUUCAACAAAAAGAAUUUGAGUAUAUGCAGUUCCAUGAUGCUGACAAGAAAAAAAUUGAAGAUCUGGAAAAAGAUCACUUUCUUGAAGUUCAACAUUUACAAACUCGGAUUAGAGAACUUGAAUCAGAAGUUUUCAGGCUACUGAGGCAAAAUGAAGGUCAGAUCAACAACAAUAACAACAUUUUUGAACAACAGACCCCUGUCGGAGAAACAUCAAAAGGAAAUACAGCAGAAAAGCUUGCUGUAUCUUGCCUGGAUACCUUAGUUCAAGAUUUCAAUGAAGCAGUCCCUGAAACAGAAAGAUUGGAUUCGAAAGCUCUGAAAACUCGUUUGCAGCUUUCAUUGAAAAACAAAAGGUCACGGCCAACCCGAACAAGACUUUGUGAUAGCAUCAGCUCCACAGAUGGAGAAGACAGUCUUGAAAGGAAGAAUAUCACUUCCAAUGAUGACUUCAGCCCAAGCAGCACGAGUUCAGCUGAUUUGAGUGGCUUAGGGACAGGAUCAAAAAACCCAGGAUUUUCACAUUCCACAGUUGUAUCUUCUGAUGAGAUUCUUGACGAUGGACAAUCUCCCAAGCACAGCCAGUUUCCAAAUCGUGCUGUUUCAGAAUGGAGUGUUCAGCAGGUCUCCAAUUGGUUAAAAAGCCUGAAUUUAGAACAUUAUAUUUCUGAAUUCACAGCCCAUAAUAUAAAUGGAGAAUGUCUCCUUCAGCUGGAUGGCAGUAAACUUAAGUUCCUUGGUAUGACAUCUUCCCAGGAGAGAGCUGUGAUUAAAAAGAAAAUUAAAGAAAUGAAAGCAAAUUUAGAGAAAGCCCGCAAAGCUCAAGAGAAGAUGGAAAAGAAAAGGGAAAAACUUAGGAAGAAGGAAAACGAACAGUUUCAAAGGAAGUGCAGAAAGCUGGAAAAACAAUCACUGGAAUCAAUUCAGGGGGCUAAUGAGCAGUGAGACACCAGAAUUAACUGUGAUUUCUAAGAACAUGAAGACAGAUUUGGAAAAGCAACACUGUUUUCUUCAUUAAAAAGAAAGCUUUGCACCCGUAUCUGAAGCUUUACUUAAGGAAAACAAAUCAUGACUGACUAUAGUUUCCUGCCCCUGUAAACAUGUGGAUAUUUGGGAUGUAUUCAGCAAUUCAGAUUACGGUUGCUUUAUUUUUUAAUGGUUCAGCAGCCCAGGAUGGGAUGUAACUCCUUUCACCUCUCGAUGCUGCCCUGGCAUACUUGUCCUCGUUUGCACUGGACCUCCUAGUUUGUCUUCAGACACAGAAUUAUGUAACUUUUACACUAGAAAUUAAAUUGCCCUGGAAGCAGGCCAGGGUUAAAAGAGAAGAUUCAAUGGACCUGCAAACGUGAAUAACCAGCUAAACUGUGUAUCAAUGACUACACAUGGAUAACAACGGUCAUCAAAUGUUUCAAUCUUUUCCUCUGCAAGUGGGCUUCAUGCCACAUGUUGCUGAGGGAGGAUUCAGCUUCACCCAAGCACAGUGCGGUGUCAGGAUCUGAAAUGAUACUGAAACAGCAGGUGCAGCGGAGUUCAGUCACCCUCUUGCAUUUCAAUGGGGAAGGCAGUCCUUUUGUUAUCAGCACCCCACAUUUCUCCCCUACCAGGAACUGUAGCUAAAGAACAAUGAAAGCAAGGCCUUAAUGUGCUGUGUGACACUAGAGAGUAACAUUUAUUCUCUGAAUUUAUAUGUAUAGUUGGAUUUCUAAAUCUAAGUUGGUUUGUAAUAAAGUACAAUUUUUUAAUGUUUUCCUUGAGGAAGGUAUUUAAUUUCACUUUCCAGUAGCAGGAUACCCUUUUCUUUUCUUCUUUUUUCUAAAAGAAUUAACAUUUAUUUG